GCCACUUUCUCGUCUCGAUGCUAAGGCUCGGUUUGGAAAGGUUGAGCGAUUCUGGCGAGUAUUUGAAGGCCCGGUGGCACCGGUCUGCGGGUGGCAGCGGAUGCGCAAAGUGGAAGUGUAAGGUCAUUACUGUCGUCCAUCGGUGCUCACCAUGGGAGUUUAUUCUAUCGCACACUCGUUGCUCGCAUUGGGGCCAAAAGACUUGUUCUUGUUUCUCAUCACUGGGUCGCUCUUUUUCUGUCUUUUGAACUAUACAGUCGGUGUCGUCCUGUUUCAUAGAGUGAAUUCGGAAAAGGCCGGGCUGAAGACACCUCCGCUGGUACCCAGCGUCCUCCCUAUCUGGGGCAACUUCUCAUUCCGGGCGAUCUUCGAUCCGCGGGCAUGGGCUCUUUCAGCAAGUAACGUCUUCGGGAAUGCAACCCCCGUGCGGGCGAGGUUCCUGGCCAAUGACGUCUACAUUUUCCAAGGGGUCAAGAACGUGGAAGCAUUCUUCCGACAACGCGACCUCUCGUCCUUCAACCUGCAUGGGUUUCUGCUCAACCGCGCGUUUGGGCUUCCGACAGCCGCGAUGAAAACAUAUGCCAAGGACGACUCGGGGGCGUACCCCAAGCCCUACCCAGAGAGCCAGGUCGAGCCGCGCAACCGGAUCGAAUACCAGCUGGAGAAAAGCUUACAUCGCUUCCUCCUCGGUCCAGGCCUCAUGCCUCUCACACGACGGUUCCAAAGCGCGAUCGCGCAGCACUUCUACACCCUCCCCAUCAGCGACGACUGGGUCUCAUGGGACAACUUCGUCACAUUCUUCGAGCAGGAGCUUACAGCUCCGUUCCUCAAUUCGCUCUGCGGAGACUAUCUCCUACGAGCACACCCAGACUUUCUGGCGAAUCGAUGGACGUUCGAAAACAACAUCUGGUCGAUGAUCUUCGGGCUCCCGAGAUUUCUGGCGCCGCGGGCCUACCGGGCGCGGGACGGCGCGCUGCGGGCUCUCAAGGACUGGCAUGUGUGGGCGCUCCAGAACUUCGAUCCGGCGUUGGUAGACGCCGAUGGCGAUGAUCCCGUCUGGGGGUCUAAGUUCUUUCGUGAAAGGAAGACUAUCUUUGAUACUAUCGAUGGGUUUGACCUCGAUGCUAUUGCCACACAUGAUCUUGCUUUUAUUUGGGGCACCACCAACAACAGCAUCAUCACCUCAUUCUGGACGGCCGUGGAAACCUUCAGCGACCCACAUCUCCUAGCACAAGUCCGACAAGAGGCCGAAGCAUGCCUGAUCAUCGACCCAGAAGCCGGACCCGACCAACCACCGCAAUUCGACAUGGACAAACUGCAACAGCAGCCAGUGCUGCAAGCCAUCUACGCAGAGACGCUGCGACUGCGCAUAAGCGGGUACUUCGUACGGCACCACUCGCACGGCGACAUCGCGAUCGAUGGAUGGCGCAUCCCCAACAACCACAUCAUCCUGACCAGCCCGAUGCACACGCACAUGGACCCCAACACCUGGGGCUCCGAACGCCCGGUCGACCAGUUCUGGCCCGGCCGCUUCCUCAAACCCGCGCCCGCGCCCGGCGGCGGAAGCGGCUGGGAGUUCACCACCGAGCGCGCCCCCGGCGCUUGGAUCCCCUACGGCGGCGGAUACCACAUGUGUCCCGGUCGCCAUUUCGCUAAAAUGAUGAUCAUCUUCUCCACUGCCCUCUUGACGACCAUGUAUGACUGUGAGAUCCGCGCGGAUCCGAGAAACUUGGCCAUGAGUAUGCGUAAUUUCGGGUUCGGUAUGUCGGGGCCCACGAGUAAGGUGCCUGCUCGGCUGCGGCGACGGGCGCAUUGAUUGUUUUUGAGGGUGUUUUCUUUGUAUCUAUGGGAAUCGUUUAUCAGUUGUAUGGAUUGCGUGAUGCCUGGAAGCUGACAGAGA